GUAAAUUGACUACUAUGGUUCUCAUUUAAAAUGUAAAAUUAGCACACAUUGUUACCGUACUUUUUACUUUAGUGUUCUAACGCUACUGUUUUUUUAAGCAAGCUCUCGUCGCGUUUGGUGAUUUUAUUUUGAAAAUCGCUAAAGGAAGUGGAGAUUGACAACAACCGGAAGAGUUGGUAAAUAAACCGUGUUCAGAUCCCGAAGAAGCUCAAAGAGCAUGCUGAACAUCUGUAGUAGGACAGGGCGGUAAUAAGACAUGGAGGACAAACAGCGGGAGCAGCUCGGAGGAAACCCGGACUGGAUGUCGCGUUUGCCGGAGGAGCUGCUGGACGUCCCGCUGUGGAACCUGGCAUUACCUGGCAGCCAUGACAGCAUGUCCUUCAGCCUGGAUGUCUCCUCUCCUGUGGUGAGAUCGGAGUCCUGCUUCCUCAGACUGACUGACAGGCUGUUCCCCUGCUGUACUCGACCCUGUGUUUACCGCUGGGCCACCACGCAGCUAUCGGUCCUUUCUGAUCAGUGUGAUCUUGGUGUUCGUUUCUUGGACCUGCGGAUCGCCAGAAAGCCAGCAGGGAGCAGCAAAUUGUUUUUCGCUCACGGCAUAUACACGCUAAUAACCGUCAAGGAGGCUCUGGAUGAACUGGCCGGCUGGCUGGACGCUCACCCCAAAGAGAUUGUAAUCAUUGCCUGUUCACACUUCGAAUCUCUAAGUGACGAAGACCACGCCCAUCUGAUGGAGUUCAUCCUCCUGCUGUUCAGAGGGAAGCUGUGCCCACCACAGGAAACUCCCACUCUGCGGUCAUGUUGGUCAAAAGGUCAGCAGGUCAUUGUUUCCUAUGACGACCAGGAGCUGCAGCACCCUGGGCUGUGGAAUCGGAUACCUUAUUGGUAUGCUAACAGCCCAGAUCCUAAGAAAGUGAUCACCUAUCUGGAAGGCCAGCAACGGCAGGGAAGACCAGAUGGUUUUUACGUCACUGGUCUGAACCUGACAGAGACCAUGUUUUACGUCUUCCUGCACCCUUUCCAGAGCAUGAGGAUGUUGACGUUGAACUCUCUCUCACUGCUUCUCCACUGGGCGGGUGAGCAGCAGCCAGGACCCGAGGGAGUCAACAUUAUGUGCUGUGACUUCGUCGGUAUGAGCGAGUUCUGCUCGCUUGUCGUCGAGCUGAACUACAAACUGGUGGGCAGAGCCUGCAGGAAGCUGCCAGCAUCCUCCAAAAUAAGUGCCAGUUAAUAAUUUUGUGAGCCUGCCAUCCUUUUUUUUUUUUUUUUUUUGCCUGUCC